CGUGCGUGACUUUGGGCCUCCAUUUUCUUAUCUGGAAAGCAGGACUGCUUUGCUUUAUUCCGCCCGGUUUACUAAGAGGAUCAAAGUGACAGGAAUUAAUAAAGGUCUUGGCACAGCGCCCGGUCUCAGGAAGCGCUAGGAACUGGAGGCUAGGGAUGUUAGCGGGUUUGGGAUCGCUAGGGCACCCGCCCCCUAAAUGUAGGGGUUCCCCUUGAAUAACGUUUAUUUCCACAUGGGGCUCUGCGGGAGCGCCUCAGGACCUGGCCAAACCACGACCGGGGCAAUGAGAUAGCCAGAAGCCAGGACGGGUGACAGACCCCAGUUGCAGCCCAGGCGGCACAACCCGCUUCCGCUGGCUUUGCCAACAAGCCUUCGCCCUGACCCCACAGAGCAAAUUCGACUAAAGAAUAUCAGAAAAGUGUAUGGAAGAUGUAUGUGGUAUCGUUUAAGGUUGCUAAAACCUCAGCCAAAUAUUAUCCCUACAGUAAAGAAAAUAGUUCUGCUUGCAGGAUGGGCAUUGUUCUUAUUCCUUGCAUACAAAGUUUCCAAGACAGACCGAGAAUAUCAAGAAUACAAUCCUUACGAAGUAUUAAAUUUGGAUCCUGGAGCAACAGUAGCAGAAAUUAAGAAACAGUACCGUUUGCUAUCGCUUAAAUAUCAUCCAGAUAAAGGAGGUGAUGAGGUUAUGUUCAUGAGGAUAGCAAAAGCUUAUGCAGCUUUAACAGAUGAAGAGUCCCGCAAAAAUUGGGAAGAAUUUGGAAAUCCAGAUGGGCCACAAGCCACAAGCUUUGGAAUUGCCCUGCCAGCUUGGAUAGUUGACCAGAAAAAUUCAAUUUUGGUUUUACUUGUGUAUGGAUUGGCAUUUAUGGUUAUCCUGCCCGUUGUUGUGGGUUCUUGGUGGUAUCGCUCAAUUCGUUACAGUGGGGACCAGAUUUUAAUACGUACAACACAGAUUUACACAUACUUUGUUUAUAAAACUCGAAAUAUGGACAUGAAACGUCUUAUCAUGGUUUUGGCUGGAGCUUCUGAAUUUGAUCCUCAGUAUAAUAAAGAUGCCACGAGCAGACCGACGGAUAAUAUUCUAAUACCACAGCUAAUCAGAGAAAUUGGCAGCAUUAAUUUGAAGAAGAAUGAGCCUCCACUUACCUGUCCAUAUAGUCUGAAGGCCAGAGUUCUUUUACUGUCUCAUCUUGCUAGAAUGAAAAUUCCUGAGACCCUUGAAGAAGAUCAACAAUUUAUGCUGAAAAAAUGCCCUGCCCUACUUCAAGAAAUGGUUAAUGUGAUCUGCCAGCUCAUAAUCAUGGCCCGCAGCCGGGAAGAAAGGGAGUUUCGUGCUCCAACUUUGGCAUCCCUAGAAAACUGCAUGAAGCUCUCCCAGAUGGCUGUCCAAGGCCUUCAGCAGUUUAAGUCUCCUCUUCUGCAGCUCCCUCACAUUGAAGAGGACAAUCUUAGACGGGUUUCCAAUCAUAAAAAGUACAAAAUAAAAACUAUCCAGGAUUUGGUGAGCUUAAAAGAAUCAGAUCGUCAUAGCCUACUACACUUCCUUGAAGAUGAAAAAUAUGAAGAGGUUAUGGCUGUCCUUGGGAGUUUUCCAUAUGUGACCAUGGACAUAAAAUCACAGGUACUGGAUGAUGAAGAUAGCAACAAUAUCACAGUAGGAUCUCUAGUUACAGUGUUGGUUAAAUUGACAAGACAAACGAUGGCAGAAGUAUUUGAGAAGGAACAGUCCAUCUGUGCUGCAGAGGAACAGCCAGCAGAAGAUGGGCCAGCUGAUAUUAACAAGAACAAAGCAAAAGGAGGAUGGCAACAGAAGAGUAAAGGACCCAAGAAAACUGCUAAGUCAAAAAAAAAGAAACCUUUAAAAAAAAAACCUACACCUGUGCCAUUACCCCAAACAAAACAGCAGAAACAGAAGCAGGCCAAUGGAGUUGUUGGAAGUGAAGCUGGAAUAAAAGAAGAUGAAGAAGAAAUGUCAGACAAAGGCAGUGAUUCCGAAGAAGAGGAAGCCAAUAGGGAUUCCCAGAGUGAAAAGGAUGAUGGGAGUGACAGAGAAUCUGAUAGAGAACAAGAUGAAAAACAAAACAAAGAUGAUGAAGCAGAGUGGCAAGAACUUCAGCAAAGUAUACAGCGGAAGGAGAGAGCGCUCCUGGAAACCAAAUCCAAGAUAACCCACCCUGUGUACAGUCUCUACUUUCCAGAGGAAAAACAAGAAUGGUGGUGGCUUUAUAUUGCAGACAGGAAGGAGCAGACACUAAUAUCAAUGCCAUAUCAUGUGUGUACGCUGAAAGAUACAGAAGAGGUAGAACUAAAGUUUCCUGCACCAGGCAAACCUGGAAAUUACCAAUAUACAGUGUUUCUGAGGUCAGAUUCCUAUAUGGGUUUGGAUCAAAUUAAACCAUUGAAGUUGGAAGUUCAUGAGGCUAAGCCUGUGCCAGAGAAUCACCCGCAGUGGGAUACAGCAAUAGAAGGAGAUGAAGACCAGGAGGACAGUGAGGGCUUUGAAGAUAGCUUUGAAGAAGAGGAGGAGGAAGAGGAAGAUGAUGACUAAGCAGUACUUUGAAUGGACCACAGUGUUUGCAGAGACUUGCCAAGUUGUUGCUGGUUUGGAUGUGUCUAAUAAACCUGAAACAGUACAUAGCUGUUGGGAGGGGAAUGCUAGUGUCUCUCCUGGGCCUGGGUGCAUAAAGCAGCCCAGCAGUGGGGAAUGCCUCAGCACAAUCUGAAAAAAGCUUGUUCAAGCCUGCAAGUAUGGGGUGGUGCAUUUACUUCAUCUGCAGAUGAUAAUAAAUCCUUGGUUGUUGUAACUGUCUAGAGCGUGGGCUGUGUAUUGCCUGAUCAGUUUAUGGUCCCAGUAAAAGUAAAGGUACAUAAAAAAAUAACCUAUGAAUGAGCAAUUUUUAUUUGUUCAGCUUUAGUUUUAGUAAAUGAAGUAUGAUAAACAUCACAAAUAUGUUUUAAAUAACAUCUCAAGGUUUUGAUCUCUUGGUAAACUCUGUUAUUCCUUUAUUGAUAUUUUGCAGGUGGUUAAGACUGUUCAUAACAGCUCCACAUAUAGCUUAAAACCUUUUAUUUUCACCUAUCUGGGUUGCAAGUUCACAUUCUCUGACAUUCCACACAAUACUGAGGGCUACAUUGUGGGUUUUUCCUAUUCUUAAUUGCCCAGAGUUAUCAGAUGAAAAAAAAAGGCUUAAAACAUUUUUUAAGUCUUGCUCAGCAAAUCAGGAUUAUUUUGAUAACCUUUCGACUUAAAAGUGUGGGACCAUACGUUCUCUGAUGUUGGUAGCUUAUGUUAUUAAAUCUUUUGCAAAAGGUUUACUUAAAAAGCUGAACUACAUUCUUAGCUUUUAAUCUACCUGACUCUAUCAGAAGCGUUUUAAGGGAAAAAAAAAAAAAAACAUGCAGAGGAGGCAAUUUUUUUGUAUUCAUAUUGGACUCCUGUCAAUAAAAUAGAAGUUUGACUCGUUUUACGUUU